GAAUCGAUCAAAUGCUAAAUUGACUUUUAGCAGGGUGCUGUUUUAUUUGUUUCCAAGUAAAGCUUUAUUUGAAUCGUGGCGCAGAUAUAAAUGCAUUAACGAGAGAUGCAGGCGAGUCUCGGUCGGUACAUGCAAGCAUUUCAGUAAUAGAUUAUCUGCUCGACCUCGGCGCAAACGUUAAUCUGCAAACCAACAAAGAUCGCACAGCGUUGCAGAACGCAUAUUUACCGCUCUCGAUUAAGAACACUCAAUUUGAGAACAUGGUGUUCACGAUGUUUCUGCUGGCUGAAGACUCCGAGGACAAUAGGUCAUUGGCUCUGAUCACAUCUGCUAUGGAAAUAUGGAACGGCCAGGAGUCAAGCUGCUGGUCAAUUCGUUGGCCUUGAGAAAAGCUAUCCAGCCGUUGAUCGAAUUGAAGGACAUGAGUAUUAUCGAACAGCAUCCGACGUUGCAGGAUUGUUAUCGGCAGAGCUUGGAAGAGAUCGACGAGGUUCAUCGAUGUUCGACCUCGUCGCGAAAAGACGAUGUUGGAUCGCCAAGCUCGACAUUCAUAAUGCUUUCGAGCGCGCGCGAAAAUACUAUCACGCGAUGCUGGAACAGGUAGACUUGAUCGACAAGGCUGCUCAUCGUGGUGUGCCUUUGCCGAUUGUUGUUAACAAAAGGGAACUUAUCCCCGUGCAAUAUACGGUAUUGUGCCAAGUUUAAUUUUAAUCAGUAAAUAAAGUAAAUGAGAGAAAAGAUCCCGCCGCUGCGUCACGAUGCUAUCUUUUAUGACGUCGCUAACCCGGUCAAAGUACGCGAUAUCCGUCAUCGAUAACUCUACUCAAACAUAUGAGGACCGUCAGUCCGUGUGCACACGUGUAUUUAGCAGCGGUUGAUGGUUUUUAUAUUGCAAGAAGUUAUAAAUGAUGUGAUUUAAAAAGUAUUUAAUAGUAUCGAUAUUAAUACAUAAUUCUACGCUCGUUCACCUAUAGAAACUUAAAAGACAACGAUGGCAAAGGUCAAAAACAAAAAGUCAAAUUUGGCAGACUCCUAUGCCAAAAGGAGAAAACAGCAACAAACGAAAAAGACUCUCACGCCUUUUGAAGUGCACGUCAACAGAGACAAGCAAAAGGUUCUGGGCAGAAAGAGUAAAGCAGAUACGGGCUUACCUGGGAUUGCCAGAACGAAAGCCAUAGCCAAACGUAAAAAUACGUUGCUCAAUGAGUACAAAGUCAGAGACAAAGAUAACAUUUUCUUAGAUAGGCGAAUAGGAGAAAGAAAUUCCGGCAUGACACAAGAGGACAAAGCAAUGGCUAGGUUUGCUGCAGAAAGAGUCAAAGCUCACAGUAAGAAGAACAUAUUUAACUUAAACGACGAAGAAGUGCUGACUCACAGAGGCCAGUCUUUGAUGGACAUUGAGAAGUAUGAUGAUCCAAGAAGUGACGAGGAUGAUUACAGUGAUGAUGAGAAUAAAACAGGAAAAUUGGAUAAAAAGUUUGUUGGAGAUGCUCAUUUUGGUGGUGGAGUUUUGUCAAAACCAGACUCUGAAAUGUCAAGAAAAGAUCUAAUAGAACAGUUAAUCGUAGAAUCAAAGAAACGCAAAGCUGAGAGGCAAAAAGUUAGAGAACAAACUAUUGACUUGACUGAAAAAUUGGACUCCGAGUGGCGUGAUUUGUUACCAUUAGUGGCAUCAUCGAACAAGGCUUUGAAAGAGGUAGAAUUAGAAAAACCAAAGGCUGAUGAUUAUGACAUCGCCAUGAGAGAGCUUAAAUUCGAAGCCAGAGGAAUGCCAACUGACAAAUUAAAACCAGAAGAACAGAUAGCCAAAGAGGAGAAAAUCAAGUUAGAAAAGUUAGAAGAAGACAGAUUAGCUAGGAUGAAAGGAUUUUCAGAAGAAGCCGAGUUUCAAAGAAAGCACAAGUCAGCUGAUGACUUGGAUGAUUUUCACAUUGAAAGAAUUGUAGACGAAGGAUCUGAUAAUGAAAAUGACGCUCCUGAUUUACAAAGUAUCUUGGCCAAGCAUAAAAAUAAAAUUAAAAAUAAUGAAAACAUUGAAGCGGAUGAUAGAGAUGAAGAUGAGGAGGGUGAAGAGGAUGAGGAUGAGGAGGCUGAAGAGGAUGAGAAUGAGGAAGGAGAAGAGGGUUCUGAAGAUGAAAACUUGAGUGAAGAAGCUGAUGAGGAUGAUGGAGAAGAAGAAGAAGAUGGCGAAGAAUCAGAAGAUGAUUUGUCGGAUCUGAAAGAGUCAGAAUCAUCAGAAGAUGAAGAAGAAAUAGAAAAUACCGAUAUUAAUGAUAAAGAGAAAGCAACAAAAAGGGAUAAUAUUGUACAUAAGAAGACUGAAUCAGUAAAGGAUAGUAGUGUAAAAAGUGUAGCAAAUGACGAUUCCACAAAAGGUCAGAAGAGUCCUGUAAUUGUAAAUACGGAAACUGUAGACGAGUCUACUGAGAAUACUGAAUCAUAUGUAAAUAUAGAAGAAAGGGAAGCAAUCAUGGAAAAAGCUCGCCAAGAAUUGCCUUACACAUUCAAGGCACCGGCAACAUAUGAAGAAUUACUAGAUCUAUUUAAAGAUAAAAAUCCUGACUAUCAAGCUGUUAUUGUUGAAAGGAUUGUCAAAUGCAAUCACUGGAAACUAGCGGAAAGAAACAAGGAGAAGCUCCUGAACUUAUUUUCAUAUCUUAUGCAAUAUUUAGAUACUCUCGCAUCUGUAAACAGUUUGAAAGAUACAGAAAAAUUCUUUAAAAUUUUUGAUAGACUUUGUCCACAUUUGUAUGAUCUAACUCAAGCGAAUCCUGUUGGUACCAAGAUUCAUUUACAAGAGAUUCUCAAACAAAAACAUGAUCAGUUUGAAAAUAACAUCAAGGUUUAUCCUGGACUUGACACGCUUUUCCUGUUCAAACUAGUAUCCAUUAUAUAUCCAACUUCAGAUUUUAGGCAUCCAAUUGUCACUCCAUGUUUAGUUUUUAUGUCGCAAAUUCUACUUAGGUGUAAAGUUAAAAAAAAGUCUGACAUUUCUAAAGGUCUUUUCGUUUGUACACUUAUUCUAGAGUAUACUGUACUCAGCAAAAGGUGGUCACCUGCAGUGAUAAAUUAUCUACGAGGAGUAAUUUAUGUGUCCUUACCAAAACCAUUUUCAAAAGUCAUCAAAGUUAUACCACCUUUCAAGUCAGUUGGUGAUACAAGUAACAUACUAGUUCUAGAGGAGAAUCACAAAAAAUCAGACAUUGAUCCAGCAACAGUCAAAAUGCAAAUAGAAGACUUGGUAGAAGUGGAGAUGGAUGAUGAUUACAGAUUGAGGACGUUUGUUACUGCUUUAAAUCUGUUGUGUGAAUUUGAAAAACAUUGUAGUGAACUGGAUGCUGCAUUUUCAAUUUUUGAACCUAUUUUAACGUUGUUUGAAUGUGGUUCUGUCAAGAGGUAUCCUAGUAAAGUCAGGGAAAAGGUUAAAACGUUAAUCGAUGAAUUGAAAACAUUGAAAGAAAAGGUAUUGGAACCUCUGGCUUAUGAUAAAAAGAAACCUAAAGCCCUAAGGAUGUACGAACCACGAAUUGAAGUUGUCCAUGACGGCAAGAGACACAAGCCUAUGUCCAAGGAGAAGGCCGAAAGAGAGAAACUACUCCAUAAAUUGAAGAAGGAAACAAAGAGUGCCAUCAGAGAGAUACGUAGGGAUAAUGACUUCAUUUCCAAGGUGAAGAUAAAGCAACAGAUUGCCAGCGAUGCUGAGCGCAAACGAAAGGUCAAGGAAAUCUUUGGUGAUGCUGCUAUGCAGCAAAGUGAAUUGAAGAAAUUCAAAAAGAAGAAAUAGAUUUAUUGUUGACACUAUUUAAAGCCCUGUAAAGUUUAUAAAUCAAAACCCGCUACCACAAAAUUGUUAUAGAUUUUUUAAAUAAAAAAAAAACAGAUUUUUUAA